AUGGCUGCGAGUCUGCGCGUUGGUGCGGUGUCCGACGGUUCAGUAGCGCCUCCUCCGAGCCCCGGCAUGCGCCACCAGCAGGCAGCCGCGACGUCGUCCACGGCGACCGGAUCGGAGCGGGCACGCCAGCCCUCCGCGCCGCCCAGAGAGCUGCUCUUCAAGUUUCUGGUCAUCGGGGACUACGGAGUGGGAAAGACUGCGAUCGUUCGAAGAUACACUGAAGGAAAAUUCUCAUCAAAUUACAAAAUAACAAUUGGAGCUGAUUUUGCCAUAAAAUCAUUGCAAUGGGACCCUGGCACAAAAGUCAAUUUACAAUUAUGGGACAUAGCUGGCCAUGAACGGUUUGGUUACAUGACAAGAGUAUACUUCAAAUAUGCGGUAGCAGCUGCGGUAGUGUUUGAUGUGUCUCGUAUUGCCACAUUCCAGUCUGUACAAAAGUGGCUGACCGACCUGAGGGAGAAGGUGUCUCUGCAGGAUGGUUCUCCCGUGCCGGUGGUGCUGCUGGCCAACAAAUGUGAUAUUGCCGCUGCCUCCGUGCCAACUGACUUGGUAGCUCGCUUUUGCAGAGACAAUGGUCUCGUUGCAUGGUAUUUGACUUCAGCCAAGGAGAAUAUCGCUAUUGAUGAAGCUAUGGCCUGUCUAGUGAGACAAGUGCUAGCAUUACGUACUUCGGGGCCAACUCACUCAGAUGGGUUAGUUUUAGGAGCAAACUCUUCAGAGACUUUGAACCAUUCGUCUGGAUGUUGUGGCUCGUAGCAUGUGAACUUCAUUUAGACCCGAGGGGUUCUCUUUUAAUGCUGUGCAUUCAUGCCUCACUUGUAAAGAGAAAACAAGCAGCAGCUGAAAAGGAAAAAUGGCUUGCCGAGUGGCUCCUUCUCUACGAAGACCAAGCACCUUUUUGGUCAAGUGAUAUUCUUUUAUAUGUACAUAAAACUGAUUCUCAUUAACCAUAGUAACUGUAUAAAAUGUUGUAGGAAGCUAUUAAUGCGUACUGGAGAAACUACUUAGUAGUACACUUUUAAAGGACAUGUGUCCUUUCUGCACAAAUGUCAAAUGUAAUUUCUUGCAGUUCAAAUUAUAAACAGAUUAUAGAGAAUGUAGAGUACAAAAAUUCGUCUGGGAGACUGAAGUAUUUUAUUAAAUGUUAUCGAACGAAAGAAGGAAAAAUAUUGUUGAGAUUGUAUAUAUAGUGCAAUUCAUUCAUUAUCGUCCAUUUUUGCAUAUCAUUGUGGAGGAUUCAAUUAUAUUCCAUAUUUGUAUUGUAAUUAUUUAAGAAAAUAUAUCUUGAUAUUCGCCAAAACAUUAUUUUAUUUUCAUCCAACUUAUUUUGUGUGUAUAAUAUAAAAGUUUUCACAUGAUUCUACAGUAAUUGCGAGUCAAAAUUUUUUGUAUAUUUUGUGCAUUUCCUGUACAUGGUAUGCUUCAAGGGCAGGUUGUGGCCAUUCGAGGUCUCUUUUUGAAAAAAGAUUGAGUGUAAAAGCAAACAUAUCAAAUUGAAGUGAAAAAGACAAUGGAACUAUAAGAAAUUAAUGAUAUUCAAUAUAAAGAAUUACAGACAAUUGAUUUGACAACAUUGACAAAAUUAUUUAUACAAUUCCUUGAAUUUUCUUAAAAAUAUAAGAUCCUGUCUCAGAUAAUUCUGGGUGAGAAUUGUUGUUUAAAAUACUAAAAAUGCAAUACAAGUCUAUUAGAGGUAGGUGAAUUACCAGAUUAUAGUUUUAAAUAAACUUUGUUGCAAAACAUACAAAUGAUGUCAAAAGAACAUUUAUGAUAAAAAACAACAAAGCAUUUACAAGUGGUUUGUGGAUUGCUUAAGCAUAUUUCUACUUUUUAAUUAAUGAUUUUGGAAGAAUACAUUUAGUGUGAUCUUAAGAUUUUGAACAAGGGAUCCUGAAGAUACUGAUUAAAAAAACAAAUCUCAUUUCUCCAUUUCCAUUUCGAGUUUAUGAUGGUACCAAUCUGAACCUGACUUACAAGAAAAGUGCUUAAUACCUUUUAAAAAUGUAUUGGAGGAUAAUUAUUUUUGUAUAUUUGCUUUGAUUGGCUCUUGAGAUCAGGGAUAGAUCCAGAAAAAAAAGUGUAGCGUAUUCAAAUGAAAAUACUCAGAGGAGGGGGAAAACUACCCA